AUGGCCAUCAACACCAUCAUCCCCCUCCUCCACCUCCUCACCCUCACCCUCCCAUCAACCAAAACCAUAUCCAUCCAAUCCCCCCUGCAAUUCUACACAUCCCUCACAACCUUCCCCCGCCUCCCCGCCAACCCCACCCCGCUCGACCGCCUACGCUACACAUGCCACAGAGCGUACUUCCAAUACCUCGUCACCGGCCCCGGAUACGUUCUCGAGACCCCGGAGCGCCUUGUCAUGGACGCUGUGGUGCUGACGUUGCUGGCAGCGGUAAUGUGGUGUGCUGCUCUGUUUGGAGCUAUGGUGUGGGGUGUUGUGGGCAGGGGGUUGCUGUCGAGCUCCGCCGUGGCUCUAACGCCUGUGGCGAUGGGAGGUUGUGCGAAUUUGACGGACGCGGGGGUGGUAGGUGUGGGAGAGGGUUUGGGGGUCGUGGCGAAUUUGAGUGUGAGUGUUAGGACGGCGGCGGCGGUGUUGAGUAUGUAA